AUGGCGUCUAGCAACAUGCUCUGCGAGUACUGCUCGCUGAUCGACUUCAGCUACCUCAGAAAUCCCACAGCGGCCGAGAUCAAGUCUCUCAACGCUGGCGAAAGGCCCACUGAGGAUCGAUUCCCUCUCAAGUUUGGCCAGCCCAUCGAUGGCGACCCGAGUUGGACCUUGGGGCGUACGAGCCGAAUUCAUACCUCAGUGGCCACCUGCGCCUUUUGCGAAGCUAUCACAGAGGUCUUGUCCCAGUACGAAGAUGAGCUAAGGAAAUUGGCCGAUGCUGGGUUGGAGGACCCCUUAUGCUAUGCUACAUGUGAUAUCGCCGGGGCUUUGCAACCUCCACAAGGCACUGUAUGGGAAGGGGCCCAGCCUGGGGAGAAGCAUCCGGAGUUUAUCAUGAGACGGUUGGCAAUCUGCUUCAUUCCUGUCAGCCAAGGUAACAUGGGUGGAUUGAAGCCUGGACGUGUGGGUUUCAAGGAGAAUUCGUGGAAGCGAAUAUUCCACUGCUUCCAGACAUAUGAUGCCGAACGACAGCCGGCUUCCUCCAAUGUGGAAAACUUCUUCGGGAAGGUCCAUGAUGAACCAGGAGACGUCCUCUUUGCCGGAAGAAAGAGACCAGGCAUGGUGGACACAAGCCUUCCUAUUCAAUGGGUCAAAUACUGCAGAGAAAAUCAUACCACAUCAUGUGGCUCUGCUCAAGACAGGCAUCAACACAAAAGCUCCAGUAUGCCUGUGUUCCGCCUCAUUGAUGUUCAUAAGAUGGCCGUUGUGGAGAAGAAAAAUGUACAACUCAAGAACUUAAACUACAUGGCUUUAAGCUAUGUUUGGGGUUCUAAGGAACAUCAGGGAAUAAUGUUAGAGGAGGAGAACUACAACAACCUGCUCAAAGACGGCGCGCUUCGGGGCCAGGUCUCUCAAACAAUCCAGGACGCCUGCCAUUUCACAACCGCCAUGGGAACUCAGUACAUAUGGGUUGAUGCACUAUGUAUCAUUCAGAAUAGCAAGUAG